AUGGAUGAAAGAUUUCAAUAUAUUACGUCAAGUUCAGAAUUAGAGGUAUUGCUGGGACUAGAUGAAAAACGAAAGCAAGGUCGGUUUUACGUGGAAUUCAUUUCCGUUUUGACUUCAAUAAAAUAUUUAAAAUCAUCAAAAUGUAUAUUGAAAUUCCAAUCUUUCAAUAAUAAUCUCGUUUAUGAAAGUCCUUAUGAAGUUAUCUAUGAAUGCACAAGUGAUGAAAUCAUUAAAAAAUUCGACUUAGAUAUAGCAGAGCCUAAAGGAAACGGUUUUAUUGUGAAUGAUUGCCAUUUACAAAGAUUAUGUUUUGUUAUUUGUAGAGGUGCAUGUGUUUUUAAUGGCAUCUAUCCGGUCGUUGUUGCUGAAGAUCUAAUACCUUUAGAUUUGUCACAAGUAAUUGAAAUGCUAGACACAUUUAAAAGUGAUAAUUAUGAUAAAAAUAACUAUUUGACGAAAGACUCUAUUGUCGAAAAUAAGAAUUUAACAGUAUCAAAAAUUUUUGAUAAUCUGAUUUUUAUGAAUGCUAAGAAGACUGAACCUUUUAAAUUCGUAAAAUUAGAAGACUAUGAUAUGCGAUUCAAAGAAGUUAUACAACAUCGACAACUCUUGUUAAAUGAUCGAAUAAUCAAAAACAAUCCAGUAUAUAACCCAGGCAGUCGAAAUAUGAACUCUACUGAGGAUGAAGGAUCCGAUGCAGGUAAUUAUAAUAGAUUCGAUUCAGAUGGUGAUGAUGAGAUAGAAGAUGAAUCUCAAGAUGAAAAUUCAAAAAUAUUUGACAAUAGCAAGUAUUUGAAAACAAAUGAUGGGGAAAGAAUAAACAACAAUAUAAGUAUUAAUAAAAUUAUCUCAACAACGGGAACUCAAUCCUCAACUGAAAUGCUCUCCAGUGCCAUUAUUACACAAACCAAUGACAAACAAGCAAUAAGAGCUUCAGGCGAAUAUAUAAAUAGUUCACCUAGUAAGAACAACCAAGAACAUUCAAUUGAUAAAAUAGUUCAAUCUGAAUCUAGUGAUGUAAAAAUCAUGAAGUUAUAUAAUAUUGGUGAGAAGUUAGAGUAUUCAGGUCAAUUUAUUGAACUAUAUCCAAGUAGAUUUUCUGAUUUUUCUUUCUUAUCAAAAACUUCAUUAAGGGUAUAUUUCCAACCUUUUGAAUGUGUAUCAGAAAAGGAAGAUAUAUAUGGUAUAAUACCUAAUAUCGAUUGCAUCGAAAUUCUUCUUACUUCAGCUGAAGAAAUAAAAGAACUAUUUGGAACUUUAGUUCAUAAUAGUAAAAGUUUAAAGCAACUAUUAUUUCAUCAUAAAAUGGUAGUUGAGUUAGAAAAUACUAAAUUCUGUCUUAACAAAAAAAGUCGCAUUUAUACUACAGCUUUGAAAAUCAAGAAUACAAAAAACUGGGAGAAGUUUAUUCCAAAAUCAAGAAAUUCUAAGACAUCAAUCAUUCAUGAAUACAAACCUCCGAUCGUUGAUCGAUCCAAAUAUACAGAUAAUUUAAUAAAAUUUGAAGAUUUAUUAUUUGCUGGCAAAAAAAUAUUAUUUUCAAGGCUUUUAGGGUUAUUGGUAUCAUGCUCAUUUUCACAUCGAGCAUUUGUAACAUUACUUUUUACAGAUUUUACUAAAAAUAAUAUUAACCAGAAAUUUAUAUUCAGCAACUAUUUAAUUGAAAAGGAAGAUAAAUUAAAUGAGAAAUAUUAUUACAGAGUUAACGUUUUCCAUAAUGAUUUCGAAAAAUUUGAUUUAAAAGUAUAUAACAUAUAUGGCUCUCACAUUAAAGACAUGCUAAAAGAUGGGGAUAAUGUGUCACAUAUAGGUAUACUUUGUGACAUAACUGUCAAAUGUGAUAUGUAUAAUGAUACAUUAGGUAUGAUAGCUAGAAAUAUUAUUCCUAUUACAGUAAAAACUGAAAGAACAAAGGAUGAGAAUAGAAAAAUUAAAGUGAUAUACGAGAAUCUACUUGAAGCAAUAAACACUAAAUCCAUCAUGGAAAACUAUGAUUCAUACUCAAUUGCAUUUCCAAUUAAGAAAGGAUCAUUAAAGGAUAAGGUUUUCUUGAAAAGACAAGAGAGAUUAACUCAAAGAUUCAUUAAAAAUCUUAAAUUUGAUUACUUAAAUGGUAUUACAGCUAUUAACACUGCAACGGAGUUCAUGGUUAGAGCCAAAAUUCUAAACGUUGAAUAUAGUUCUAAUCAUAUCAGCAUCGUUACAUCAGACUAUUUAUUUGAUAAAUCGAUAUCUUCAUUAUCGAAUAAAGAUGGUGAUAUCAUAAUACCAAAAAGUAGAAUAAUUUUUAUUGAUGUCAAUGGUAAAAAAGAUAUCAAGAAUUUUUUAGGAAUGACCAAGAAAGACGAUAUACUCAACCUCAUUGAAAUGAAAGAUUUCAAUUUAAGGAUACAAAGGAUAAUGGAUAAUUCAUUAGUAGUAAAAUGGAGACAAACAACAGGAACAUUGCAUGAGUUACUAUUACAAUAA